CUCACAAACCACACAAGCCAAUUAAGCUUUCAUUUCAUUCUCACACUACUUAUUUCAUUUUCCUCUUGUGUCUUACUAGCUCAUCAUCAUCAAUUCAUCAUGGCUGUUCUUACUUUCACUGAUGAGACCACCUCUACCGUAGCUCCUGCUAAGCUUUUUAAAGCUCUGGUUCUAGAUGUUGAUACCAUUGUGCCAAAGGUUAUUCCUGUUUUCAAGAGUGUUGCAAUUGUUGAAGGAAAUGGUGGUGCCGGAACCGUAAAAAAAAUCACUAUCAAUGAAGGUGGAGAAGACAAGUAUGUGUUGCACAAAAUUGAUGCAAUUGAUGAGGCCAAUUUUGUAUACAACUACAGCGUCAUUGGAGGUGAUGGGUUACCAGACGCCGCGGAGAAGAUUUCAUUUGAGUCCAAAUUGGCUGCAGGACCUGAUGGAGGUUCCAUUGCAAAGCUCACCGUCCACUUCCACCUCAAAGGUGAUGCUAAACCCACUGAAGCAGAGCUCAAGGAAGGCAAGGAAAAGGGUGAUGGUCUUUUCAAGGCAGUUGAGGGUUAUGUUUUGGCCAAUCCCAAUUACUAAUUAAUAAGCAUAUUUCUAAGUGUUAAUUUGCUUAUAUAUGGUGUGUUUGCAUAUUUUCUCAGUGUGCUCAAUUUGGCUGCCAGAGCCAUUCUCUUUUUCUUUUCUUCCUUUGCUUUUGUUGUGGAGUUGUGAGAUUUCAUCUCAUGUGUGUAGCAGCUCCCUUCAUCAAUUAAUAAUGAUCCUAUAAUUACAAGAAAUGCAAGCUAUUUGAGCUUUUAUAUACUCGAUCUUUGUAAUUCUUCAUAUAAUUACAAGAAAGCUCAAGUUUGUAGCAA